CUGCAGUUUCUCUGUAAGCGUGUGAAGACAAGACGAGGAUGAAUUUGUCGGGUUUCCUCGUUGUACCCGCGUUAUGGGGAGUCGCGCUCGGUGGAUCUCCAAGCGUCCAAAUCGGAGGACUGUUUCCGCGGGGUGCAGAUCAGGAGUACAGCGCGUUUCGGGUCGGGAUGGUGCAGUUCGGUACGGCUGAAUUCCGCCUCACCCCGCAUAUCGACAAUCUGGAGGUGGCCAACAGCUUCGCCAUCACCAACUGCUUCUGUUCGCAGUUCUCGCGGGGUGUGUAUGCCAUUUUCGGCUUCUACGACAAGAAGUCUGUGAACACCAUCACGUCCUUCUGCGAGACUUUGCACGUGUCCUUCAUCACCCCCAGCUUCCCCGCCGACGGCCUCAACCAGUUCGUUCUGCAGAUGAGACCCGACAUCCGGGGGCCGCUCAUCAGCCUGGUCGAGUAUUACAAGUGGGAGAAGUUCGCCUACCUGUAUGACAGCGACAGAGGUCUGUCCACUCUGCAGGCCGUGUUGGACACGGCCGCCGAGAAAAAAUGGCAGGUGACGGCGAUAAACGUGGGCAACCUGAAGGAUGAGAGGAAGGACGAGGCGUAUCGCUCACUGUUUCAGGAUCUGGAGAACAAGAAGGAACGGAGGGUGAUUCUGGACUGUGAACAGGACAAAGUUAAAGACAUAAUGGAGCAGGUUAUCACCAUUGGACGCCAUGUGAAAGGAUAUCACUACAUCAUUGCUAAUUUUGGAUUUUUGGAUGGCGAUUUGUCAAAGAUCCAAUACGGAGGAGCCAACGUGUCCGGAUUUCAGAUCGUGGAUUUUGAUGAACCUCUCGUUGCUAAAUUUGACCAGCGCUGGGAGGCACUGGAGGAGAAAGAGUACCCGGGGGCGGACAGCAGGAUCCGAUACACGUCCGCUCUGACGUACGAUGCGGUUCAGGUGAUGACCGAAGCGUUUCGGUUCCUGCACAAGCAAAGGAUCGACAUCAGUCGCCGCGGCAACAACGGGGACUGCCUGGCCAACCCGGCCGUGCCGUGGGCUCAGGGUGUGGAGAUAGAACGUGCUCUCAAACAGGUGCGAGUGGACGGACUGACAGGAAACAUUCAGUUUGACCAGUAUGGGAAGAGAGUGAACUUCUCAGUCAACAUCAUGGAGCUGAAAAACAGCGGCCCAGUGAAGAUCGGCUACUGGAAAGAGGUGGACAAAAUGGUGGUCACCAAAUCUGACCUCUUUCCCAACGACACCAUGGGUAUGGAGAACAAGACUGUUAUCGUGACCACCAUUCUGGAGGCUCCAUACGUGAUGCUGAAGAAAAACGCUGAGUUAUUUACAGAUAACGAGCGAUACGAAGGAUACUGUGUCGACUUGGCAGCCGAGAUCGCGAAGCACUGUGGGUUUAAGUACCAGCUGAAGAUCGUGGGAGACGGAAAGUACGGCGCCAGAGACGCCGACACCAAGAUCUGGAACGGCAUGGUCGGGGAGUUGGUGUAUGGGAAAGCGGACAUAGCAGUGGCGCCUCUGACGAUCACCCUGGUCCGCGAGGAGGUGAUCGACUUCUCCAAGCCCUUCAUGAGCCUGGGCAUCUCCAUCAUGAUCAAGAAGCCUCAGAAGUCCAAGCCGGGCGUGUUCUCCUUCCUUGACCCGCUGGCCUACGAGAUCUGGAUGUGCAUCGUGUUCGCCUACAUCGGCGUCAGCGUCGUGCUCUUCCUCGUUAGCCGCUUCAGCCCGUACGAGUGGCACACCGAGGAAUUCGAGGAUGGUCAGCUAGGGGCCAGCGAAUCCAAUAACGAAUUCGGGAUCUUUAAUAGUCUCUGGUUUUCUCUGGGCGCUUUUAUGCAGCAGGGAUGCGAUAUUUCACCAAGGUCUCUCUCUGGGCGUAUAGUCGGUGGUGUGUGGUGGUUCUUCACCCUCAUCAUCAUCUCGUCCUACACGGCCAACCUGGCAGCUUUCCUCACAGUCGAGAGGAUGGUGUCACCCAUCGAGAGCGCCGAGGAUCUCGCCAAGCAGACAGAGAUCGCCUACGGAACCCUGGAUGCCGGUUCCACCAAAGAGUUCUUUAAGAGAUCAAAGAUCGCGCUGUUCGAGAAGAUGUGGCAGUACAUGAAGAGCGCCGAGCCGUCCGUCUUCGUGAAGAACACGGUGGAGGGCGUGCUGCGGGUGCGCAAGUCCAAGGGGAAAUACGCCUACCUGCUGGAGUCCACCAUGAACGAGUACAUCGAGCAGCGCAAGCCCUGCGACACCAUGAAGGUCGGAGGCAAUCUCGACUCCAAGGGUUACGGCAUCGCCACGCCCAAAGGAUCUGCUUUAAGAAACGCGGUAAACCUCGCCGUGCUAAAACUGAACGAGCAGGGGCUUCUGGAUAAAUUGAAAAACAAAUGGUGGUACGACAAAGGAGAGUGCGGCAGCGGAGGCGGGGAGUCAAAGGAGAAGACGAGUGCACUGAGCUUGAGCAACGUGGCAGGAGUCUUCUAUAUCCUGGUGGGCGGCCUGGGGCUGGCCAUGCUGGUGGCGCUGGUGGAGUUCUGCUACAAGUCGCGCGCCGAGGCAAAGCGCUUGAAGGUUGCCAAGACUCAGGCCCUAAACCCCCCCCCUUCCUCGCAGAAUUCUCAGAAUUUUGCCACUUAUAAGGAAGGGUACAACGUGUAUGGGCUGGAGAGUGUUAAGAUCUAGUGGGAUGACGUUCACUGAGGCCAUGCGCACAAAGGCCAGGCUGUCUAUAACUGGCAGUAUAGGGGAGAACGGAAGAGUGCUGACUCCGGAUUUCUCGAAAGCCGUGCCCGCUGUGCCCUACUUGAGAUCAGGCAUGGCAAUGCCCCUCAACGUGAGCGAGCUGUCCUGAGUGCCUUACACACAAACACUACACACACACAUGUUCAUACACAGACACAUGUUCAUACACACUCUUACUAACAACUAAUGUAUACAUAUCCACAUAUACAUACAUAUCUACAUGUACAUAUCUACAUGUGCCACCUUUUCUGGACUACAAGAUGCUUUUCUGCACUAGCAGGUCCUGCAACAUGAGCUGAGCCUGAUAGCAUGAAACCAUAUCAAUAAACAUAUCACAAUAUAUUAGCGAUACAUUAACUGUUACUUAGUGAGUAUAAUUUGGGAGUAUAAUUGGAUAAAAGCUUU